AUCAAACAACAUAGAGUACAAACAUAUGCAAUUUUUAUGAAAUUCAUUUCUUAUUGGAGUUAUAUAACAACUUAGUUAUUCAAUUUAGUUAUUCAAUGCUCAUGUACUGAAAGAGAAUUUCAAUUUUUAAGUAAUCAAAUUAUUUAAUCACUCAUCAUAGAAGUUAUCAGUGUAUUAUAAGCCUUAUGAAAUAUGUAUCGUCUUCAUGCAAAUUGCUUUGAAAAAAUUGACGAUUUUACAUUAUCUGAUAUCAGUUCAGGGACCCUAUUUUUGAAAUAGGUGCACAUCUAUAUGUGAAUGGCAAGUUGCAAAUAAUUGUUAUGGUAAAUGCCCAGAACAUUAUUUUUGACAGUUGGAAGUACAACAUCUACAUAAUUUAAGUAGCAAUGAAUAUCAUAAUUUUCAGUGAAAGAAGGAUAUAUUUUCCAAUAUAUAUCUAACAUAUAUUUUCCGAUGUUACUAAACAUAAGUCAACGUAAAACGUAUACUUACGUUUCCAAUUGCGAAUACUAUACAUAUAUAUUCAAGGAUACCCAGUCAGAAACGUGUACGCAUUUUUACUAUUCGAAUACGUAACAUUGCGAACAAGUUAUGGAAUAAAAUCUCAGUUCUUUGAUACACGCGCACUAUCUUAUAUGAUCGUACUUAACAAGCAUAUACUUUGGAGCGAUAAAUCAAGAGAAGGGACAAUGCGCUUUUAAUUCUUUUUUCUGCUUUCGUUAUUAAUCACAUAUAAGUCAAGCGAAAGGUAUAAUUUUGAAAAGCAUACAAUUUCUUCUUACCAUAGGAACAGUUUUAGAAAUGAGCCAAAUUAAGCAAAAAUCUCUCAUCAAAGAUUUAUUCCACAAGAAACAAUCAAGAAAUCAGAAAAAAAAGUUAAACGAAAAAAUCAGAGAAUGUAAUGGUAUUGAUUAUCCAUUGGACAUAUGGUUUAUAAUAUCAGAAUAUAUUAAACCAGAAGAUAUAGGGAAAUUUGCUUGUAUUUGUAGAUCUUCUUACUAUGUGACUACAACUGCAAAAUUUUGGUUUCAUCUAUAUAAGAUUUAUUACAAGUUCGUUCCUGGUAUACCAGAACGCUUGCAGCCACAUUGGAUGGUACUACGCCAUGAAUUACGUUUUUGCGUCAUCAGAACAUUGCAUUAUUCCUAUUUUGCUGAGAGGAGUACAUUAAACUAUGUAUCACAGUUACAGCAAAGAGAGCCACAUUCUCUUGUUAAAAGACGAUGUUCUCUCAUGUGGCACAAAAAAGGAAUUAGUCGAUGGUAUUUUUUUUUCAAAUUAAAAGAAAUAUCAAGAAUAUGUAAUGGUACUUUGACACAACAAAAUAAAAACAUACAUGAAGAAACGAAUGAUAUUGAAAGAGCAGAAAAGAUAAAUGCAAAUCCAGAAGAAGGUUGUAAAAUUUUACGUGUAAGAUGUGUAGAAUAUAGCAAAUUACCAUUAGUAAUUGGACUAAUUUUACAGAAAUUAUCAGUGACCUUAAUGCCUGGUCUUAAAUAUUUGCGGUUACAGCUUGGAUUUGGAACAUCAGAUAUUCCAAAUGCAUUAACAAGCCAAGUUAUACUCAAUUAUGUAAAUGAUUAUGAAGUUUUAGAUUGGUGGCAUCCGCGUUAUCCACAUCAAGAUACAAUAUCUCAUUUAUGUGAGCCAAGGUUUAUCUAUUAAAGCUGUUCAGCCACUUAUCACUCGAGACGUGUAUUAUCUCAGCAAAGAGUAUGGAAAGCGUAUUAGAAAAUCUAGUCCCUCCUAUUCAUUCUUUCUAUUGAUUCAUUGUAUUGUAUUCAGUGUAUGCUAUAUAGAUAAUCACGCUAUCGAUGCACGUGAAUUGAAGAACUGAGUUGACAAUGAGACAUCAUUUAAUGUAUGAGCGUCAAUUUGCAUAGAACAAAGCCAAUACACAUUUUGUAAGAGAAACAAAACAUGC